AGUCUCAAAAUGCUUCUUUGCAUUGUUUUCCUUUUCAGAAUUACCUCAGCUUGCACUGGAAUGAACUCCCCGUUGAAUCUCACUGAUUUCUCUGGAACUAUUUCGACUCCUGGUUGGCCUAAUGGUGAAUCGGUUAAAUCUGGUGAGACGUGUGAAUGGAACUUAACUCCCCCAAAAGGAAAAUACAUUCUACUGAUGUUAAACUUCACGGAAUUGCAAACAUACAGUUUUGUCGUUUCUACAAAUGUAGAUUGCAGUAAUCCUAACGAAGGAGGCUUAACUUUACCAGAUGCCUCAAAUAUCUGUGGGACAAAGUCUUCUGAAUGUUACGCAUUUAUGCAAGACGACGAUCUUCCUGAAACAUUCUGCGAGACAAUGUAUAAGAAUUUGGGAUGUACGAGCCAUGCAGCAUUUAUUUCACGGGAAGGUUGGAAAAAUUUAGAAAUAAUUUAUCAUCAAGGAGAAACGACGAGCCCAAACUACGGUUUCCAUUUGUCAUACAAAUUGUUCAACUGCACAUCUGGACUUCCAAUAAAUAAGGAAACUACACCCGCUCCUAUUCCUACAACUGCCACACAAUCUGAAAUUAUGAAUGUGACAACAAACAAGAUAUCAAAUCAUCAGACAGCGACAACGGGUUUGCGAGUUCCCGGCUAUAUAGACCUGGUUACAGUCGGAAUAAUAAUAGGAGUCAUAGUCGCUGUCUUGUUUCUGAUUGUGGUGAUAAUCGUUGUGGUGAUUGAAUUGCGAAGGAAAAAAAUUCUAGCAGUUGCUAGUAGCAACGAAACAAUAGCAGAAGGACAAUUUUCCAACGAGAUUGAAGAUCACGACUACGCGACGGUACGGCCUGUUGACAACGACGCAGUUUUGGUCAAUGCCAAUGAUCAGAAGAUUGCACCCCGAAGUCCAUUGAAUACGUCAGAAGGAUAUGACGCACUACAUUCCUUUUCUAACGUUCAGCUUCCUGGGUAUUCAUCAAUAGGCGCAGAUAAUACUGAAACACUAACACAUUUCUACGAAUCUCCAAGGCACUCUGAAGAGGAUAGUUUCGACAGUCCCACAUUUGAAAUACAAUCAAAUGGGUCUUCCGCAAUGUACACUGUAAUGAAUAAACAGGCAUGAGUCUGGAAAGUUUAAAUGUUACCUAUUUUUUUUGUAAAAAGUAUGCAAUGUUCAAACACACUUUGUUCUUUCCCAUAAAUGUUUGAAAAAAUCAUUUUAAUGCUAGAAUGACUCUGGCUCAGUUUAUUAAAUAUCAUAGGGAUCACCGAUAUAAAAUGUUUCUGCCGAUCGAAUUUAAUUUUAAAUGCCUGGGCAGAUAAUUUUUACUUUUAUUUCAGGUUUAAACAUUUUGUCAUUUUUUCCUUUUCAAACUUAUAACAUCAAGAUUUUCGUUUAAAUGAAAUCUGUAAAAUUUA